UGACGUCCUGUAACGGUCAAUGACGGCUGCUGACUACUGGAGCUGUGUUCCGAAUAUGAAGCCAGUAAUCAGCUGAUUGAAGUGCUAAUGAUUAAGGAAAAGAAAAUCAUUGCAAGCUCUUUCUUUUUCUUUAAGAGCUAAAAUAGUUUUAAAUUAUUUUCUUGUUGUACAAAUGUAUGUUACACAAUGGAUACAGUAAAAAGGCAGCAAGUAGUUUUAGUUGACCCAGUUACCAAAGAAACCUUUAAAGUACUUGUGAAUGUUCAAGAUGUUGAAAGGGUUAAAACCCAUCCAAGCUAUAGGCAGAAGAUGUUAAAUAGCAUAAAGAAGGCCAAAAAUGUAAACAGUUGCUUGGAGCCGGAUAAAACUGAUGAUUUAGUUGAGUUGAUAUUAACGGAUGGAUUCCAUCAGGUACACACCUUAAAGGUGCCUAUCGAAGUGCGCAAACAGGCUUUAAGUGAUAUACCAUACGCAACAAAGUUAUUGAACGGGCACUUACCAGCUUUGAAGAGUAAUUCUGAAGUCAAUCAACAAAGUUUAUGCAAUGGUCUUACCAGCGAAUUUGAAACAAGUUCUGCUGCUCUCCAAGAAGGAACAUUCGCCGCUGAAAAGAAGAUGUAUGAAUUAACACUUAAGGAUCAAUUAACAAUGGAGACUUUUACUUUCAUUGUCGACAAAAAAAGUUUCAACCGUGCAAAGACAGAUAUGGUGUUUGCGACAAAACUCUUAGAUGAUUACAAGGCAUCUAUAAAUAAACAGAAGUUGAAUAGUUUAUCAACGGAUAUGAAUAAAUGUGGUGAUGAUACUGCUGGAACAGAAAAUAGCAGUGAUCAAUUACAAAACCUCAUUGACACAUAUGAGAACGAUGACUUUGAUGAGGAUAUUACCAAAAAAAAUACUGGUCGUUAUGUAUGGAGUAAUCAAGAGACACUAUUACUGAUCCAUUUGUAUACAAUCCAGCUUACAGUGAAGGGAAAAUAACCAACAAGAAAUUUUGGAAAAAUUCCAAAAGAAACCAUGGAUCAAAUCAGAAGCCGUAGCUGGAACCAAUAUGCCAUUAGGCAACUUAGAUACAAAUGAAGGAUCUACGAAUCCUUUGAAGCAUACAAGAUCAAUACUAGAAGCAAAGAAAGUAAGCUAUUAGAAGAAUCUUUAGAAAUCAAACGCUUAAAAAGAACAGAUACAGAAAAUUAUAGAGAAAGAAAAUUAUCUGUCAUGGAAGAUUUAGUACGAGCUUUUAAAAAAUAAGAUAUAUUCUGAAUACGGGUGAUGUUUUGACGGUCAGAAGUCGUACCCGCCGCCAUUGAAAUAACUUCGCCAAAAGCGGCUUCUGACCGUCAAAACGUCACCUGUGUUCAGAAUAUAUUCACAUUAGGUGUACACAUAAAAAGAAUUAGUGAAUUCUUACCUAGAAAACUAUUCAGUUAUCGCUUGACGAAUUCAUGUUAUCGAACGUAUACAGAUGAAAAUAAAAUUACUAGAGUAGU